AUGUCUCGCCCCGAGGACACUCUCGCCGCCGACGUGCACUACGACGACGCCGAAGCUCGCAAAUACACCACGAGCUCCCGCAUCCAGACCAUCCAGGCGUCCAUGACCCGCCGCGCCCUCGAGCUGCUCGACCUCAAGUCGCCCUCGCUCCUGCUCGACAUCGGCUGCGGCAGCGGCCUCUCGGGCGAGAUCCUGUCCGCCGUGGACCCCGGCGCCGGCGGCCCCCACGCCUGGGUCGGCAUGGACGUCUCGCCCUCCAUGCUCGACGUCGCCCUCCAGCGCGACGUGCAGGGCGACCUGCUCCUCGCCGACAUGGGGCAGGGCGUGCCCUUCCGCCCCGGCACCUUUGACGCCGCCAUCAGCAUCUCCGCCAUCCAGUGGCUCUGCAGCGCCGCCAGCAGCGACACGUCGCCCGCCGGCCGCCUCGCCCGCUUCUUCGACGGCCUGUACGCCUCCCUCAAGCGCGGCGGCCGCGCCGUCUGCCAGUUCUACCCCAAGAACGAGGCCCAGCGCAACAUGAUCACCCAGGCCGCCGUCAGGGCCGGCUUCGGCGCCGGCAUCCUCGAGGACGACCCGGGCACCAAAAACGUCAAGCUCUACCUGGUCCUGACGGUCGGGAGCGCCGCCGUGCCGGGGGCCGCUGCCGACAUUACCGGCGUCGUGGCCGGCAUGGACGGCGUCGAUAUACUGGAUGCUCGGAGGAGGCUCAAGACGAGCAGCAACGCUGCCUUGAAGAAGGGCAGCAAGGCGUGGAUUGUCAAGAAGAAGGAGCAGCUGGAGAGGAAGGGCAAGGUGGUCAAGGCAACUUCCAAGUACACCGGGCGCAAGCGAAGAGUGGUUUUUUAA